UGGUGAAUUUAGACAUCUUUUUUAUCGUGAUUUGCACGAGUUUUCACGAAGACUGUGAUUUGCACUAGAUACGAUCCCAUCUAAAAAACCUGGGAGACCAUUAUUGUUUCAGCCCACAUCGCCCAGUGCCUCGGUGUGCAAACUGCAAACAGGCCGGGGCGCUAUUAAUGGCCACUUUCGUCGUGGUCGUACGUAGCAGGUGCGCGAUCAAGCUUCCAGUUACGUGUAGAGCUGCUCUCUGGAUGGAGAUUCCGGGCGCCGAUGCCGACCGGUGGCGGGGCAAACAUCUCCGGACGAUGGGGGACGGGCUGGGCCGGGGCGGUCAGUGGCCCUUGCCCGGGCGGAAGCCGCACCGUCUCGUGGCAAACAAAAGUCGGGACCGUGCCACUUGCGCUCCUGUAGCUGCGGUGCCUGUAGCCAUGUCAUGUCCCUGACCCGUCGACGACCGGUGGGCAUCCCCCCAAGCCCCCACAUGCCGUGCCGACUCGUGACACUGUACUGGCCUCUGCUUCCUAGCCUAGCUUAGUAGCUGCCUCCACCCGCACUGACCAGUUGAGUCCCGCCCGAGCGAGAAGAGCCGAGCCUGCAGCCUCCCGCCGGCCCAGCGGGAGCGCCUGGUGAUCACCGGCGAUGGCGGUGCGCGACUCGCUCGAGGUGGUGGACGGGCGCUGCGGCUGCGACGACGACGGGCGGCGCCCGCGGCCGGCCGGCACGGCGUGGACGUGCGCGGCGCACGUGAUCACGGCGGUGAUCGGCUCCGGGGUGCUGUCGCUGGCCUGGAGCGUCGCGCAGCUGGGCUGGGUCGUCGGCCCCGCCUGCAUGCUCUGCUUCGCGCUCGUCACCUACGUCUCCGCCGCGCUGCUCGCCGACUGCUACCGCCGCGGCGACCCCGGGAAGGGCCUGCCGAGGACCCGCUCCUACACCGACGCCGUCCGCGCCUACCUCGGCAAGAAGCACACCUGGGCCUGCGGCUCGCUGCAGUUCGUGAGCCUGUACGGCUGCGGCGUCGCCUAUACCAUCACCACCGCCACUAGCAUAAGGGCUAUCCUGAAGGCCAACUGCUACCACGAGCACGGGCACGAUGCGCCCUGCAGCUACGGCGGCAGCUACUACAUGCUCGUCUUCGGCGCCGCGCAGCUCCUCCUCUCCUUCAUACCGGACUUCCACGACAUGGCGUGGCUCUCCGUCGUCGCCGCCGUCAUGUCCUUCUCCUACGCCUUCAUCGGCCUCGGGCUCGGCCUCGCCACCACCAUUACUAACGGGACGAUCAAAGGAAGCAUAACAGGUGUUCCGAUGAGGACGCCUGUGCAGAAGAUCUGGCGCGUCUCGCAGGCCAUAGGCGACAUCGCGUUCGCGUACCCGUACUCCCUAAUCCUCCUGGAAAUACAGGACACCCUGAAGUCGCCGCCAGCCGAGAACAAGACGAUGAAGAGGGCGUCGAUGAUCUCGAUCCUCGUCACGACCUUCUUCUACCUCUGCUGCGGCUGCUUCGGCUACGCCGCCUUCGGGAGCGACGCGCCGGGCAACCUCCUCACCGGCUUCGGCUUCUACGAGCCCUACUGGCUCAUCGACUUCGCCAACGCCUGCAUCAUCCUCCACCUGCUGGGCGGGUAUCAGGUGUACAGCCAGCCCAUCUUCCAGUUGGCGGACAGGUUCUUCGCGGAGCGGUUCCCGGACAGCGGGUUCGUGAACGACGUCCACACCGUGCGGGUCCCGUGCCUGCCGCCGUGGCGGGUGAACCUGCUGCGGGUGUGCUUCCGGACGCUGUACGUGGCGUCCACGACGGCGGUGGCCGUGGCCUUCCCCUACUUCAACGAGGUGCUGGCCCUGCUGGGCGCGCUCAACUUCUGGCCGCUGGCCAUCUACUUCCCCGUGGAGGUGUACAUCAUCCAGCGGAACGUGCCCCGGUGGUCCGCCCGCUGGGUCGUCCUGCAGACCUUCAGCGUCGUCUGCCUCCUCGUCAGCGCCUUCGCGCUCGUCGGCUCCAUCGAGGGGCUCGUCACCCAGAAGCUGGGGUAGGACUCGCCUGGCUAGUGUAGUGUGUGUGUGCCCUUCCUCGAUCGUCUGUGUUUUGCAUUGGAUUGCUUCUCUUCCUGUUGUAGUGGGCUAGUGGCAAUGGAGAACGCAGCGAGUGGGGAGGAUGGCGUCUCUCUCCCUGGGAUGACGAGGAGCAGCAGCAUACCAGUGGCAGGUCAUCUGCGUUCUGCAGGACCCGGGAGUGCCGGGUUGCGCAGUGUUCUUUGAUGCCUUCCUGCUGCAUUAGAGACUUAAAGAGUGAAACAUGUACACAGUGUCACAUUGCAUACAUGUAGUGGUAUUGCCCAAGACACUUCAGAAGUUCAGAAGAACUAAUUUGAGGAACCAGUGCUGGCGUCGAUGCCUGUGGUCUCCGAGUUUCAUGAAAGCUGUGGACACUAGUCUGUUCUCAUUAUAAAUUACAAGCUCCCACUCAAUUUGCA